UCCUGUGGCAACCUGGUCGGUUUGAUUAAAAGAUCUCCCAUAGCCACUCAGGCGUCCGGCUUCUCCUCUGCAGCGUUCUACUCUCCCCUCCUCCCUCUUGCCCUAACCCCUCAUUCCUUCUAAGUCGAACGGAGUCAGAAGUCUGGAGAAGCGGAGUCAUUGUAUACACGCCUUCUCCACUGCAAACAGUUUCGGUUUCUAAUGAAAGCACGGUCCUCAUCAUUCACCCAUAAUCAGGAAAAUUUUGCCACGAUAAUACCUGUAGAAACGCUAGUUGCGUUUGAAAAAAUCCAAGGAGCAAGAGCCAGUACUUGUCAUUCCUUGAGAAUCUGGGGGAGACUCCAUUUACCAGAAACUUGACGAUGGUGAAGUGCUGGUCAUAAUUUUAGAAAGACGACUCCUUGGCUUUUUAUAAAGAUCGCCCUAGGCCGUGGCCUGAGAGCUGAGAGCCAGUUGGAUUGACAGAGAAGUUAUGGAAGCAGCUGGGGAAGAGGAAAUCAGUGUUGAAGAAGAAGCUGUGGAUAAAAAUGUUUUCAGAGACUGCAGCAAGAUUGCUUUCUACAGGCGUCAAAAACAGCUCUCCAAGAAUUCUACCUAUCGGGCAUUAUUAGACUCAAUCACAACAGAAAAAGACAGCACCAGGUUCCAAAUCAUCAAUGAAGCAACUAAGGUUCCUCUUUUGGCUGAAGUUUAUGGUAUAGAGAGAAACAUUUUCAGACUUAAAAUCAAUGAAGAAACUCCACUGAAACCCAGGUAUGAAGUUCCUGACGUCCUCAUCAGCAAGCCAAAGACUGUAAGGCUGAUUUCGUGCUCAGGGGAUAAAGGCAGUCUGAUAUUGGAAGAUGGAAAAGGAGAUCUGAAGUGUCAUAUCACAGAAAACCCAUUCAAGAUAGACUUGGUAUCUGAAAAAGAGGUUGUGAUGAGCAUAAAUUCCCAGGGCAAAUUAUUCUUUGAGCACCUACAGAUUCCUCCCAAACAAAGAACUACCAAAGAAAAUGAGGAGAGUGCAUCAAUCAAUACCUCUCAGGAAAAUCAAGAGGAUCUAGGCCUUUGGGAAGAGAAAUUUGGAAGUUUUGUGGAUGUCAAAGCUAAUGGUCCUACCUCCGUUGGUUUGGAUUUCUCCUUACAUGGAUUUGAACAUCUCUAUGGGAUCCCACAACAUGCAGAAUCUCACCAACUUAAAAAUACUGGGGAUGGAGAUGCCUACCGUCUUUAUAACCUGGAUGUCUAUGGAUAUAAAAUACAUGACAAAAUGGGCAUUUAUGGCUCAGUGCCUUAUCUCUUGGCCCACAAACUGGGCAGGACUAUAGGCAUUUUCUGGCUGAAUGCCUCAGAAACACUAGUGGAGAUCAAUACACAACCUUCAGUAGAGUAUACAUGGACACAGGUGGGCCCAGCUGCUGCUAAACAAAAGGUCAUAUCUCGAACUGAUGUGUGCUGGAUAUCAGAGAGUGGAAUCAUUGAUGUUUUUCUGCUGACAGGACCUACACCUUCUGAUGUCUUUAAGCAGUACUCCUACCUUACAGGUACACAAGCCAUGCCCCCUUUGUUCUCCUUGGGGUAUCACCAGUGCCGCUGGAACUAUGAAGAUGAGCAAGAUGUAAAGGCAGUGGAUGCAGGAUUUGAUGAACAUGAUAUUCCUUAUGAUGUCAUAUGGCUGGACAUAGAGCACACUGAGGGCAAGAGGUACUUCACCUGGGAUAAAAAAAGAUUUGCAAACCCCAAAAGGAUGCAAGAGCUGCUCGGGAGCAAAAAACGUAAGCUUGUGGUCAUCAGUGACCCCCACAUCAAGAUUGAUCCUGACUACUCAGUUUACACUAAGGCCAAAGAACAGGGCUUUUUUGUGAGAAAUCGUGAAGGGAGUGACUUUGAAGGAGUAUGCUGGCCUGGUCUCUCUUCUUACCUGGAUUUCACCAAUUCCAAGGUCAGAGAAUGGUAUUCGGGUCUUUUUGCUUUCCCGGCUUAUCAGGGAUCUACAGAUAUCCUUUUCAUAUGGAAUGACAUGAAUGAACCCUCAGUCUUUAGAGGGCCUGAGCUAACAUUGCAAAAGAAUGCCAUUCAUCAUGGCAACUGGGAGCACAGAGAACUUCACAACAUCUAUGGUUUUUAUCAGCAAAUGGCUACUGCAGAGGGACUGAUACAGCGAUCUAAAGGGAAGGAGAGACCCUUUGUUCUUUCACGUUCUUUCUUCGCUGGGUCACAAAAGUAUGGUGCAGUGUGGACUGGUGACAACACAGCAGAAUGGAGUUACCUGAAAAUUUCUAUCCCCAUGUUACUAACUCUCAGCAUUACUGGGAUCUCUUUUUGUGGAGCUGAUGUGGGUGGCUUCAUUGGGAAUCCAGAUGCAGAACUGCUGGUGCGUUGGUACCAGGCGGGAGCCUACCAACCCUUCUUCCGUGGCCAUGCUAACAUGAACACCAAGCGGCGGGAACCCUGGCUUUUUGGGGAGGAAUACACCAAACUUAUCCGAGAAGCCAUCAGAGAACGCUAUACCCUCCUACCCUAUUUGUAUUCUCUAUUCUACCAUGCACAUGUGGCUUCUGAACCUGUCAUGAGGCCUCUGUGGAUAGAAUUCCCAGAUGAAUUAGAGACUUUUGGUGUGGAAGAUGAAUACAUGCUGGGAAGUGCUUUAUUGGUUCAUCCAGUCACAGAACCAAAAACCACCAUGGUUGAUGUAUUUCUGCCAAGAUCAAAUGAGAUCUGGUAUCACUCUAAGACAUUUGCUCAUUGGAGAGGAGGAUGUACCGUGAAGAUUCCAGUUGCCUUGAAUACUAUACCAGUAUUUCAACGCAGUGGAAGUGUGGUACCAAUAAAGACAACUAUAGGAAAAUCCACAGGCUGGAUGACUAAUUCCUCAUUUGGACUCCGGGUUGCUGUCAGCACUGAGGGUUCUGCAGUUGGGGAGUUAUAUCUCGACGAUGGCCAUUCAUUUCAGUAUCUCCACCAGAACCAAUUCUUGCACAGAAAAUUUUCAUUCUGUUCCAGUGUUUUGAUCAACAGUUGUGCAGAUGAGAGGGGUCGUUAUCUCAGCAAAUGUGUGGUGGAGCAGAUCUUGUUCUUAGGCCUCAAGAAGAAGCCAUCUUCUGUGACUACCCACUCAUCUGAUGGUAAAGAUCAGCCUGUGGCUUUUAUGUAUUGUGCCAAAACGUCCACCCUGAACCUGGAGAAGCUUUCACUGAAUAUUGGCUGUGACUGGGAGGUCCACAUCAAAUGACAAAGAAGCUCCCCUGGUGUUGCUCAGAAGGAGCUGCCUGCAUCUUUUCAGUUCUUCCCUUGGCCUCUUUUAAGAUUUGUGCUGCAAUCUAAUUGGUUUCCUUAGCUAAAAAUAAUCUUGCAUUAGUCACUUAUAUACUAAUGGACAAUAGAUUUCAUAUUUUAAGAUGAUUAAUGAUUGAGACUCUUUUUACAAAUACAGCUCUUCCUACAUACCCACAAAGCCCUGAGACAUUGAUAGAGUUGGUGAAUUUUCCUUGCCUCUUAGACUAUGGCCCUGUGGUAAGCUCUGUGGGCCAGUGAGUGGCCUCUUUUUGAGCAGGACUGGAUGGAUUUUUAGGUAUGCCAAGCCUACCCAAGUGGCCCAUUUAUUGGGCUUGCCUCAGGCCAAUGUGGCAGAUUCACUCUGGCUACAGCAGGGAAGUUGCCCAGUCUCGAAAUGGACAAUAGUGUCUGAUGCCACAGUUAUUGUUUGCCUACAUUGACAUGGUUAAGAUAACCCUCUCUGUGCAUAUUGCAUACCCUACAACAGUGGGGACCUGUUCUGCCCUAGAGAUUUACUCAGGAGCACAAAGGAUUAUUUUCCUUUUCCUGCUUCUCAGGCUCAAAAGUUCUAAAUUAAUCUUCUUAAAAUUUAAAUUAUUUGAUUGUUUUUAUUAAAUACUGUCUACUUGCCUAAGGAUAUUGAUAAUAUGAGUAAGCUCUAAAAAAAAUGAGUAAGCUCUAAUUAAUAAUAAUGCAAUAAAUACCCAUGUCCUCACCACUGAACUUCAAAAAUAGAGAACAAGUCUGGGAAUAGGAGAAGGCAAGUGAGGCACUUUCUUCAGGCAUGAUAAGAAGUAUUUUAAUGUACUAUUUUUAAAAAUUGUAAUUAUUGUAAAAGUCAUGCUGAACAAAACAUCAAAAUCUUUUAUAAAGACAGCCUCAGGAUUAUUGAGUUUUCUUUUGCUUCAGGCUCCAAUAUAGCUUGGCAUGGAAUAGAACAUUACAACAUACCAGUUGGAUCACAAUGAUCUCUGCUCUGGAGACCCCAGUAAUUUUCCGUUGCCUACCACAGCAUCUGUUGGAACAGCCUCAACUCCUCAGUACUCUCAGCAUGCACACUUUCUUAUCAGUCUUCCUCCACUUAGCUACUUAAAAUGUCACCUCUGUGCCUUCCCCUCCUGCCGCAGUCUGGCUGGGCACAAUCAGGAGCCACUUGUCAAAAGAAACUAACUUUAUUUUUAGAACCACACACGCCAAACAAAACAGCCUCUCAGGAAAAACCCUCAGAGCCUCAACUGCCACCACCGGCUUUCCACAAGCCUCUCUCUCCCACACAAGCUUCUCUCCACCUCCCACAAUCCUCCUGCUCUUGAGGCCGAUUGGCUGGGUCACGUGGGCGGAGCCAAAAAAGUCCCCCAAUGAGCAGCUCCGUGGUCUGAAAGGGCAGGGAAACAGCCCAAUGAGCAUCACCGCAGAGGAGCCAAUCAGCUAGAUGUUGCUGGGGCCGCUGUGAGCCAAUCAUCAGGUGGCAGCUGGAAGUUUGCUGGGGCCCCUUCGGCUGUGGCUCUCAACACCCUCCCUGAGCUGCAGCAUCCUCCCUCCACCCAGACAAAUCUUACCACCCUUUCAGACCCAAUUCAAAUCUCACUUUUCUACACACUGUAACCACCCUAGCACCCCAACUAUUCAGUGUCCAUUAGUAGUGAUUUUGCCAUUCUCUGAAAUGCUGUCCCACAUAUAAUUGUGGUGUAUUAUGCAUUCUCAGGGAUUGUACCAUAAUGUCUCAAGUAUGUCUGUCUCUUCUUGAUAGAUUCUGUGUUCCUUAAAAGCAUGUUAUAUUUCUCUUAUAUCUGCUAGAGCACCUUUACACUUGACUUUCAGUAACUGUUGGCUGUGAUUGGUUAACUGAUAGAUUAUAUUGAUUAAAAAGUGAAUAUAGGAGACUGGGGUUGUAGCUCAGUGGUAGAGUGCUUGCCUCACACGCAUGAGGCCCUGGGUUCAAUCCUCAGCACCACAUAAAAAAUAAACAAAUAAAAAUAAAGAUAUUGUAUCCAUCUACAACUAAAAAAAAUUUUUUAAGUGAGGAUAGCAUGUAUUUAUUUCUAAUUUUAUUUUUCUGACAUAGGAAUCUGCCCAAAUGCAGUAAACAUUGUACAUUUCUGACGGUCACAUUUAAUUGUAUGAGUUGAGGUUUGAAUUUUGCACCAAAUGAAAGCUGACAUAGCUACAUGUGUAUCCUUUGCUCCUAUUUGUGUAUAUUUUGCAAUUAAGGAAAAAAGAAGACUCCUAAAUUAACUGAAGUCAUAAAUACUAGCUUCAGUUUUCCCUUGCCAACCUAAAAUAAAACAUAGCCUGAAAACCAAUGCUCUUUCCUAAUAUAAAUGAUGGGGUUUUAUUGUUGUUAUUGUUAUUUUUAUUAAUGAUGGGGGUUUUGUUGUUGCUGUUUGUGGUGCCAGAUAUUGAACCCAUAUCCUUAAACAUGCUUGGCAAGUGUUUUACUAUCAAGCUAUAUCCCCAGGCCUAAAUAAUGGUUUUUAAUAGCAAUUAAAGUUUAAUAAUUAAGACCUAUCUUUAGACAAAUAUUUAUUUCAUGUCUGUUAUUCCAUUAAAAUAUCUUUGGAGGAAGAAAGAAAACAGGAACUAUUAAAGUUAGUGAGGAAAUGCUCUGUCUUGACCCAAAUCUAUACUGAAACAUUUUACAACAGAGAAAUAUUGUCUGGUGUUUUUG